CCAUAAUCUUCUCUACCAUUACUCUCUUUUGGUUUCAUCUUCUUCCAAUUCCGUUCUCUGUGGAUUUUUCCCUUCUUCUUCUUCACAGAGCUUUCUUUCUCACUGUUUCUCUCUCUAAAUCCCCCCGUAUCCCUCUAAUUCUUCUCCUCCAUGUCGAAGCAGACCUACAGAGUGUGCUUCUGCUUCCGCCGGCGUUUCAGGAUGACCGCCAGCGAAGCCCCCAAAGAGAUCAAGAACCUCUUCGACCAGUACUCCGAGAAUGGGAUCAUGGACGCUGAUCAUCUGCAGAGAUUCUUGAUCGACGUUCAGAAGGAGGUCAAGACGACGAGGGACGACGCUCAGAACAUGAUUGAGCGCUGUACUAACGAGCUUAAGCAUUUGAAUAUCUUCCAUCGGAAGGCCCUCAAUCUUGAAGCCUUCUUUAAGUACCUCUUCAGCGAUCUCAACCCUCCUCUCGAGUCUCGUGGGGUGCACCAAGAUAUGAGUGCUCCUUUGUCGCACUAUUACAUAUAUACAGGUCACAACUCGUACUUGACUGGGAAUCAGCUCAGCAGUGAUUGCAGUGAUGUUCCCAUCAUACAAGCCCUGCAGAGAGGAGUUAGAGUUAUUGAAUUGGAUAUAUGGCCGAAUUCGUCAAAGGAUGAUAUAGAUGUUCUUCAUGGCAGGACACUUACUACCCCUGUGGAGCUUAUUAAAUGUUUGAAAUCUAUUAAAGAGCAUGCCUUUGUUGCAUCAGAAUAUCCAGUUGUAAUAACAUUGGAAGACCAUCUUCCGCCUAAUCUUCAAGCUAAAGUGGCUGAGAUGGUUACAAGUACAUUUCAAGACAUCCUGUUCUCUCCUGGCUCUGACUGCUUGAAGGAAUUUCCUUCUCCCGAAUCACUGAAGAAAAGGAUUAUUAUAUCAACUAAACCACCUAAGGAGUACCUUAAGACCAAAGAUGUUCCUAAGGAGGGUGAGCCACAGAAGGAAAAGACUUCUGGGGAAAAUAAAGAAACACCAGCAUGGGGAAGGGAAGUGUCAAGCUUGAAAGAUGGUACUGUGACUGACUACAAGCAGCAAGAUUUGGAUGAAGAUAGUAACGACGAGGAAGAUCCUGAGGAUGGAGAUCCCAAGUCUGCAGACUGUACACAGUAUAUUGCACCUGAAUAUAAAAAUUUGAUCGCUAUUCAUGCGGGAAAGCCCAAAGGGGGUAUUGAUGCAUGCCUCAAAGUGGAUCCUGAGAAAGUUAGACGUUUGAGCUUGAGUGAGCAACAACUAGAAAAGGCAGUACUUACUCAUGGAAAACAGAUAGUAAGGUUUACUCAGAGGAACAUUUUGAGAAUCUAUCCAAAGGGGACCAGGUUUGACUCAUCCAAUUAUAACCCAAUGAUUGGGUGGACUCAUGGUGCUCAAAUGGUUGCGCUGAACAUGCAGGGUUAUGGAAGGUCCCUAUGGUUGAUGCAUGGGAUGUUCAGGGCUAAUGGUGGAUGUGGUUAUGUAAAAAAACCAGAUUUUAUACUGAACCCUGGUUCAGAUGAUGAGAUCUUUGAUCCUAGAGCUAGUUUGCCUGUGAAAACAACUUUGAAAGUGACUGUUUAUAUGGGGGAAGGAUGGUAUUAUGAUUUUCACCACACCCACUUUGAUGUUUACUCCCCACCAGACUUUUACACCAGGGUGGGAAUUGCUGGAGUUCCAGCUGAUACCAUAAUGAAGAAAACAAAAACAUUAGAGGAUAACUGGGUGCCUGCUUGGAACGAGGAGUUUGAGUUUCCAUUAUCUGUUCCAGAACUCGCUUUACUUCGAAUCGAAGUUCACGAGUACGACAUGUCUGAAAAGGAUGAUUUCGGGGGACAGACAUGCCUACCUGUUGCAGAACUAAGAAGAGGGAUUCGAUCAGUUCCACUCCACAACGUGAAGGGAGAGAAGUACAAAUCUGUGAAGCUUCUGAUGGGGUUUGAAUUUGUUUAACAAUGAAGGAAAGGGAAGUUCCACAACAUCAUAUAAUUAUGUACAGCUUCAAAAUUAGUAAGCAGCUUUUGUUCCUCUUCUCCCCCUUUAAUUCUAUCAUUAAUUAUUGGUGUCAUUUAGUUUUCCAUUUUGUGAGAGGAUCUAUAAAAAGCUGAGUUGAAUCUAUAUAUUGUAUGUAAUGCUGUAAUGAUUUUGAUAUGGAAGAAGGCUAUGUUUCUGUCAAAUAAUGUUUGUAUUUUAUUUUAUUU